CGUAUUAAGUGUAGGUAUAGAGAUACAUAGAUAGGUUCGUGCUUCAUAUGGUACGCCGCCGAUCGAAUGAGAAUAAUGAUGUUUUAAUUGUCAUUCCGUUCGGAUCUUUUCGAUGGUACGGUAAUCGGAUGCAAUUUCGGCUUUUUUUUCUGUGGCAUUAUGUACUAAAUAUUUUGUUCAUCGGUGAAUAACUUAUUUAAAGACCGCAUAACAUGGAGUCGUAUGAUAAAAUUCUUGAUCAGCUGUACCCAUUGAUAUUUGGUAGACACUAUACAUCAGGCACUACGAGAGCAUCGUAUCGUUCCUUAUCGCGUAUUUCAACAAUGUCGUCUGGUAUCCUGCCAUCAUCUUAUUGACAGCUAUAAUACUCCAGUACAUUUUCGGCUACGAAAGCAAAAUACGAUUUUUCGCGUGUUACACUGCUUAUCUGACCUAUCCGGCGUUUUUCGGCACCUUAGUAUGGCCAUUUUUCGUGCUGAAUAUGAGACAAGGCGUUCUAAAUUGUCUUUACGGCGCUUACAUUUGUCGACCAGUUAGAAAAAUAAUCGGUGUAGAAUUCGAACUGAGAAAUGGAAAAGUCCUAUCUAAAGAACAUGGAACUGCUGUUGUUGUAGCUAAUCAUCAAUCUUUCUUCGAUGUGUUAGGCAUGUUUACGUUUUGGGAUGUGAUGGAGAAAUGUACAGCGAUUGCUCGUAAAAAAGUAUUCUACAUUUGGCCUUUCGGAUUAUUAGCGUGGAUUGCUGGAGUAGUAUUCAUUGAUCGAGUUCCUUCAUACGAAAAAACUCACCAAACUAUUAACAAAACUGCUGAAUAUGUUUGUAGGCAAAAGGCUAAAUUAUGGAUGUUUCCUGAAGGAACAAGGAAUAGAAACCCUGAAAAACUGUUACCUUUCAAAAAAGGCGCUUUCAGAGUAGCGAUCUGUUGUCAAGUUCCUGUCAUUCCAGUGGUAUUUUCUCCGUAUUAUUUUAUCGAUGGAAAAACACAUUAUUUUGGCAAAGGUAAAGUUAUUGUAGAAGCUUUAGAGCCAAUUCCUACGAAAGGAUUAACUUUGGACGAUAUCGACACGUUAAUCGAAAAAGUUUAUAACUUAAUGUCUGCUAAAAACGACGAAUUUCGCGCGAUGUUAAAAAAGCAAAGAGAGCAAGGUAAAUUACCUUGUUGUAGAAAUUUAUAAUCCUGUUUCAAAUUUUUGGCUGUUUAUAAACGAAUGUAUUAAUGAGUUGAGGGAAGUACAAAGAGUGCUAAGUGCUAUGUUUGUCAAAAUGAGUUUUUUCAGCACAAUGUAUAUACCUAUACCUAAGCCCCUAGGUUAUACGUAUAACGCGUGUGUGCGCUCAUUGUUUCAUAUUUGAGACAACACUUUUCCAUGUCGUACAAAUAAACGCCAAAAGAUAGGCUCUCCAUAAGCCGUACGUGUUACGCAAAAUAUUUUUGCUCUCCUGUAAAAAACGUUUUUGGCAUUUAGCGCUCUUUGUAGUUCUGUCACUUAAUUUUUAUUUUUGCUUUAUAUUGUUACCAUUACCAUUGCCUUAUAUGUAAUAUAUUAUGUACUAAUUAAUGAAUACUGAUCCGAAAAUCUAGAACAUCCACAGUAAUGCUACCACUUUGUUUUAAACAAAAUUUGUUACUCAAUAAUGGUUUUGUGUAGGUCAUCUCUCAGUAUUGUGAUUAAAAUAAUGGAUGUUUGAUUUAUCGGAUCUUUUUAAAAAUAAAUUGAAAUUUUAUAUCUAUUUUUAGCCUUUAGGUACUCGUAUUAAACGAGUAUGUAUAUGUAGAUUCCCGUGACAACAUUCUGAAAAAAAAUUUAAAAUGAAAAAGAUUCAAAUUAAGCCUGUUUAGAUUCAAUUUCAUUUCAGCGCAAAAUUAAAACGUAAAUAACGACUUCUUAAAAGGGAUAUAAAUAAUUGAUACUUCUUAGUUCUUCUUAGGUAACAAUUUACCCUCUAUUUAACAAAUUUUUCUUCAAAUUUAGGACUUUAAAAUUUUUCACUUUUAGAAAUUACCUACUUUGUACAUGGAUCAAUAUUUUAUUUUCGAACUCUCACUUGAAGCAGGGGUAGAGGUUAAAUAUUACCUAGCUAAAAAAAUCUCAAAUUUUUACCUUGUUUUUCCACUUUUCUAUCAAAUUUUGAAAAAUUUCGAUAAAUGACUUCGCUUUUUGUACAUGCAUGAUUUUUGACGUAAGUACCUAAGUUGAUAAUUUGUUUUUAAUCAAAAUUAUUGGCUUUAUUGUCUCAUGAAUAAAAAUUAAUAUGAUUACAUUAAUUACAUGAAAUUAGGUGGAGAGUUUUAAUCUAAAGUGAUCUCUUGAUAAAUCAACGACUUAUUAUUCUUAAUUUUUUGUUACAUUAAUUCAUAGGUAUUUUAUUCUGUUAAUCGAUGACAAAAGUGACUAGUAAAUGCGGGUACAAAAAUAUUGUUGAAAGUUCGUGGAGGAGAUUACGUUACAAUACAAGUUUUUAAAUUUUCCGCCUUCACGGUGAAGUUUUUUUUUUUAAGAAACAAAAAUUGGGAAAUUAAAAAUUUUUUUAAAUUAUAAACCUUCAAAUACAAACUAUGACAUUUCGUCACUUUUAUCGUGAGCUGAGACUAGCAGGUAUGAACCUAGAACUUGAAAAAUGCAAGAUUAGGCUUAAGUUUUUGAAUUUGGGACUCCAGCUGAGCUUAACCCCACAGACUUGAUUUCAAAAAAGGGCUCACUCAAAAGAUGAAUUAAAUUCCUUGGCUCGUUCAUUUCUCGAUUUGGAUUAGACUUCACACUGCGAGCCAGCUAAAAUGGAGAGGUAAAGAGGGCAGAAGAGGACUUCGGUCUUAUGAGUAAUGGAAAUAUUCCAAUUUUUUAAACAUGUUUUGACACCGCAAAAAACACGUGAUUGAUACUUAUAAGUACUCCACCGAUUGCAUUUUUUAUUCAGACUUACGACCUAUAUGUUUAUCCAUAUUUCCGCAUUAUCAUCUAAUCUGAUUAUUAUAAUAUUAUUAUUCAAUAAUUUCAAUGCUUUAAUCACUGUUAUUAAUAACUUUAUAUUCAUUCAAAAACUGUCUCGACCUCCAAGAAAUGUAGUCAUGCGAACUAAAAAUCAUAAGCGGUAUUGUUUGUUAUCAAAUUUUAUGCUAUAAAUGAAGCCACACAGCCACACUUUUACUUUUUACAUGACUGAUUGUGUUAACUUUGAGAGGUAGCGUUAGCGUCUACUUAGAAUCAUUAAAUUUUUGAAAUCAUUGAAAUCAGAAUUUAGACCAAGUUUUUUUUCCUUGGGGUAUGGAGAUGGACUACCUCUACAUCAUGGUUGUGACGUCAAGUAACGACACUGGUACCUGGGUACACUGGCGACACUAGCGUGACGUUUCUUUUCUAUGAUAAUAAAAUUCUAUGUGAAUGUGAUAAGAAAAUGGAAAUUUUUUCUUUUUUCGCGAAUGUGUUAUUAAUUUUUGAGCUGCAAUUUAAUUUUAAGUUGUAAUUGAUUGCAAAUAUUGAAUUCCACAAGACUAGUUUGUAUCAAGUACGUAUAAGUUUUUAUAUCUGCAUUUAUUAUUACGGAAUAUGAUUUUGAUAGAACGAAUAAAAUUGAUCAAAAAUGGAUAUUGUAUGCAAAUUAUGGCAUCAAUAUCAAACACUUUCUUUUGUAUUAUCUUCUUCAUAGAAGUUAUUUGUUAGUCAUUCCUUCGGAGGAAAACAGUUCAUAAAUCAUGUUCCACAUCUUUGUGUCUAGUGGAAUGGUGUAAUUUUUGUCAGUAGUGAUAAAUUUGUUUCAUGUCAAUUACCAUCAACUUUGUUACCAAUAAACAUUUUCAAUGUGUUUUCA